GAAAUGAAAGUUCGCCUUGUUCAUUCUGCCAAUAUGAAACGCCCCUGCUGAUAUGGCACGAGGAUUCAGAUUUCCAACGUUUCGCAUCACUGCGUCUCAGUCUCAAACUGCGUUUUAUCUUGGCGCGUCUGCAAAUUCCAUUCUUGACACGCUGUGAUCACUUAACUGCUGACGGUAGUUUAUGCUCUGAAAAUACUUUUAAAAAACUCCCGUGUUUAUAGUGCGAAUAACAGUUCCAGUUUGGUGGCACGCUCAGCUAUGCCGGGGAAGAAAUCUGGCAAGAAGUCGGCAAACAUCGUGCCUGACAAGGUUGAGGUUCCUCCUGAAAUCAGCGUACCCGAACCGCCCGAACCAAGCCCUGUGCCGUUUACUUCUUGCACGGGUCUGGAUAGCGCUCAGGAGGAAACCGAGCAGGAAGAUGACGAGGAGGAGGAGGAAGAGGAAGAACAGGUGGAGGAAGAGGAAGAAGAGGAUGACCUGCUGCUCUCCCUGCUGCCGACGGGCCUGUCGGAGCUGUCCAUGUCUGUCGGUGACAGUGGCAGCGUCUAUUCUCGACUGACCCUCAACAACAAAGGCAUCGAGGAUAUCCGACACAUAGACCACUGUCCCAAUUUGCGGCACAUUGAUCUGUCGCACAAUAACAUCAGCGACCUCUCGCCGCUCGGUGACAUAAUCUAUCUCAUCAGCCUGGACAGCAGCUUCAACUGCCUGACCACAGUUCUCGGCUUUCGUCCGGGCUACUGGCUGCAGAUGGCCGAUCUCUCUCACAAUGUCAUCACCAGCCUGCCGGACCUGGGAGGCUUCUGGGCGCUCACCACCCUCAGGAUCGACUUCAACCACAUCCAGAGUCUGGAGGGCGUGCAGCAAUGUCGCCAUCUUCGCGUUCUAACAGCAAGUCAUAACGAGCUACGGCGGGCGAACGGCAUCCAGGGUCUCCCUCUGCGCUCGCUCGACCUCAGCCAUAACAAGAUCGAGACGACAGCGCUGCUGAGCACACUCUGUCAGCUCCGCUUCCUUGACCUCUCCUGGAACCGCAUCCAGCUGUUGCGCGGCCUGCACGGCAUGAACCACCUACGCUCUGUCAGCUUGCGCGCCAAUCCGAUCGCCGACCUGGCCGAGCUGGACGGUCUGCGCGGCCUGCCCAGUCUGGGCAGCGUGGACCUGAGCCGCUGCCCCGUCUCCGAGUGGCCGUUUUACCGAAUGGCGGUGCUGUACCACCUGCCGCAGCUGACGCGGCUCGACCAGCAGCCCGUCUCCGAGCAGGACACGGUGGCGGCGCUGGACGCCUUCGACCCGCGCCCGGCGCGCCGCGCUGCCGUCGACCACGCCCAGCUGACGGCCCUGCGGCUGCGCCGGCCGGCCGUGCUGGCGCCGGCGCCCCCGGCGGACUCGGCGCCGGCGCCCUGGGACGCGCUGCUGCUGGUCGGCCCGGCCGGCGCCGGGAAGCAGCUGCUGCUGCAGCACCUGCUGCCACAGCUGCCGGCUGACAGGUUCUGCCGCGGCGUGUCGCACACCAGCCGCCCGCGGCGACCCGGGGAGCGCAGCGGCGCUCAGUAUGUGUUCGUCAGCCCGGCCCAGUUCGCGAGGCUGCACGCCGAAGGACACCUGCUGGAGAGCUCUGAGCUGUUCCAGGCCCGGUUUGGCCUGUCAGAGGCGGCCGUGCGCGCGGCACGCCGAGCCGGUAAGGUCCUGGUGACACACACAGACCUGGCGGGCGCACUGAGUCUGCAGCGUCGACUUGCACGAGUUCAGCUUGUGCUAGUUCUUCCGCUCAGUGAGUCCGUGCACCGCGCCCGCCUCGAGGCGAAGGAGCGUACCGAGGCUGACCACCUGCAGCGGCGCUGGGCGCGCGCCGGCGCCGCGCACGGCCCCACGCGCCCGCUACUGGCCGAGACACUGGCCGGAUCAGUGACACCUCGCCAGGCCGAGCUGGCGCCCAGCGAAGUCGGUCAGCUCACACGCACAGCCUCCAGUGAUGUACCACAGACACCGGAGCUGAGCGCGCGCACCGAACGACGCCGACGCGCCAACGUCGCUCCCAACGAGGAUAUUGCACGAACCCGGGAGGUAACCUCUCUGACCGAGCUGGCCACCCUGGGCCGCGGCGCUAAACCCAAACACGCCGAGCCGACCGGAGUCAGUGAGGGUCCGCCGCAGACUCCCAGCUCGAGCAGAAUACCCGAGCAGCAGGUACCCGGCUGUCCGUCCAUUGUGGUCGACCAACCACUUGAGGGUGUUUCGGGCCUGCCGACUUCAGCUGCCCUCAGCGAGGAAGAGCUUAGCGGUACCACUGGAUUCUCUCCGGCGUCAACUGCCCAGAAAAUCGAUUCGAAAGCCCAGUCUUCGGUUACUUCAGUCAACUCGGAUGCCGAGUCGGCGUUCGAGUCUGUCCCGGAGAGCACUGCCGCCGAGAGUGACGCGCGAGUCCCAGCGGAGAGCCAGCGCAGCUCAGCUCCAUCCGAACCUCGCUCUUCGGCUCGUAGCGCGAGCGACCGAGAGGCUCCCGGUGCCGACACGACUCCGACGACCAGCGGAGACCGCGAGGAGCAUGAGGAAGAGGAGGAGAAGGAGUUGGAGGAGGAGGACAUUGUAGUGCCGCGGGAGUCUGACUCGCUGUGGAGUGUGCGGCGGUCGUGGCUAAGGUUUCCCGACACGGACGAAUGUGCCGGCCUGCCGACUGAGAGGCUGACGGAGAUACCCAGCUACGGUUCGUUCAGCAUGAUGGACCGUUGGGCCCGCGCCGGAGCCGUUCCUGAAGUCCUGGGAAAGCCGCCCUACCUCGGCGUCGAUAGCCGAGCCCUAUGGGAGAAGUCAGAACCCUGCCUGCCCAUUGAGGCAUUGGACUCAAGCAAGGCUCGUUGCGGCGACGACCGUCUGUGCGCCUACUCCGCCUCCCAGACGGCCUCCAUCCUAGCGCAGCGGCAGACCUACCUGUCGUACCACCUGCAGCAGCCGGGCCUGUUCCUGGUGGCCGUCAACUCGGACCGUCCGGAGCUGGCAGCUCAGCAGCUGGCCCAGCAGCUGCGGCGGCUGCUGCCGCUCACCGGCGCCCAGCUGCUCGAGCCGCGCUGGGCCUGGAUGGAGCGGCUGCUGCGCCGUGCGCCUGUUGUCAAUGAUGCAGCCGCUCAGCAGCUGCGGCAACAGCUGCGGCAGCUGGAGAGCGUGUCGGCUGGAGGCGCGCAGUGGGAGCAGGCUGCCAGUGGGUGAACGUGGCCGGGGAGCGGCGAGCGCGCUGAGGAGAAGGAGGGACGAGGGUCGCUGAGGUACCGGUAGGGCGUGGCGUGAUGGUGGUUGCGGGAAAGAAUACCGAUGAGGAAGGGCUGACUAUCAACACCGUAGGGAAACAUAGUCCGUAGCUGAGGGUUGUCUGGGACUUGACAUGAGCGCAGCCGUUUGCAAAGUGUGUGGAUGGCAUCCUGACACGAAGUUGACAUAUGUGCCCUAUGCCUAAAAGUAUACAUAAUGGUGUAAAAUAAUAUACGAAAUAGCCAAC